CAGAAACACUCUCUUGAAUGUUCAACACUUUAAACCUUAGUUAAUAUCUUCGCAGUCAAAUGAAUAGUAAGAAUAAUUAGAUAAUUAGAUUCUAUGAAUCCUCAACAUUUCACUUAACCUUUAACUUCUUCAUAACUACCAAGACAAGAUGCUCAAGAAAUGAUCCAAUCAGUUAUUAUGUAACAUGAAGAGGAGAUGAACAUUGAAAAACUUGUAAAUAUUAUUAUAAUUCCUAGGACCAAAAUAACAGCUCAAACCUGGAUGGAAUGGUAAAAAGGGAAAGCCAUGCAUGUAUCCCAACUUAGUAGAAUAUAAAUUAAGAGUUUAAAAGAGAAUCUCCACAUGUAAAGAUUAGUGUUUAUAAAUAACACCAACUGGCUAAUUAAAAAUAUUAUAUCCUCCAAGAUGACAAGUAAAUUCUCUCAUUUAUCACUAGGAUAAUCGGCGGAAAUUAAGCACAAAAAAAUGAAAUCUAAAUUAUAAGAAGAAAGAAAGCUGGAGAUAACAACUUGGAUUUCGGUAUAAAACAAUCCCUAUAUUUAAGGUCUUUCUGGUUAACAAUCUAAUGUUGAAUCAAUCCCCUGCAAAAUUUUAACUAAAUACGGAUUUCGCUAUUCGAGCAGGAUCACUUCUGAAAUACUUUUUCUUCUUUAACUGAAAUACUUACCCCAAGGAUAAAGUUUGCAUUCUAAAAUAGCUCAAUUACCCUCAAAUGUGUUCAAACUUAUUCACUAAUUUAUCAAGUAGUUUAUUAUUAUUAUAUUUUCAAGAGUAAAACCAAAAUUCUUUGUUUAAGAUUGUGGAACAUCUCUCAAGACAUUGGUUAGAAUACAAAAAGAUAAGCCAAAAACAAUGCAUUUGAAUAACAAAUACUUAAUUGGAUCUGAUUUAUACUUCAAUGUUGUUUAGUUAAUCUCAAUUCCAAAAUCUACUCAUAAACAAAACUUAGAAACAGACAACGAUUAUUUUUUCUAAACUCUUGUUAGAGAACACGAAAGGGAUAGAUCCAGAAUCCAUGGUUUAACCAAAGAGGAACAGGAAAUGUUUCAAUGUAUUCAUAUUUGACAUAACAUUUUAGAAUACCUAAAAAAUUAUUCUCAAUCAAAAAAAAAGGGAAGAAAACAAUAUAGUUUAUUGAAUUGCAAUCGCCCUUUUCUUAAAAUACAAUUUGAUACUCCCAUUGUCAAAUAAAUGGCUGUGUUUAUUGCAAAAGAGGGACAAUAACAAAUUUUUAAAAUUGGAAGGUCUCAGGAUUGCGACAUCAUAGUCAAUAUCAAUACAGUUUCCAGAAAACAAACCUAAAUCAAAUUCAACGGGAAUCAAUGGGAAAUAUGUGAUGGCGAGGGAGUAAAGCAAUCCGCCAACGGAACUUGGUUGUCCUUAUAAUAAUACGACAAUCCGUUAAAUUCAAAGUCAAAGUAGAGCAUACCAAUUCAAAUAGAAGAUAAAAUGGAACUCAAAAUAAGUGAAAAUAUUUUUAAAUUUGAAAUGGUAGGAUUUGGUAUCUCGAAAAAGUAAGAUAUUUGUAAUAUUUUAUUAGAAGGAAAUUAAAUAACUCAUUAUAUAAAGAGCUAACUAACAUUGAGUAAUUAUGAAUUCAUUAAUUAUUUUCACUUACAAUCUAAUUUAUUAUAUCUUUUUUGAGUAUCCAAUUAGGUAAUGACUCAUAAAUCUUUUUAGUUAUAUUUUCUUGCUUGUACUUCAAAUUGUAUCUAAAAGGUAAUAGAAUUACAUUAUUUUUAAUAUUAUGGGAAAAUUUCCAAGAACUAAAAAAUAGAAUUAAGGCCUUUAAGUUCACAUAGAAACUAAGUUGUAAUGUGGACUAAUAAAAGGGUAAAUAAAAAAACCUGAAAUUGGUAAGCCUCCUGGCUUGAAUAAGAUAACAAUGAAGUAACCCAAGAUCUGGAGUACCCAAUAACGAGAUAUCAAUUUUAUAGAAUUUCUUGUUAAUGAAGGUCGACACUUCCUACUUCAUUUUGCUGGAGCAAAGAAGAACUUGAAGAAUGAAUAAAAUUAAUAUAAAAGGAUACUCAAAUAGGAGAAAUAUAAUGAAUAAAAAUCUAAUUAACCUUUAUAUGAAUUCUUAGAAUCCUUUUCUGAAAAAUAUCUUGGAUAACCAUCUAGGAACAAGAAAAAAGAAAGGAUAGUUGUUUUCUUCUUUAGAAGCAAUUGCCUCCACGAUCUAAAAAAUAGAUACACUAAAUAGAUGACUCUAUAAAAUGAAAAUUGGAUUAAGAUUUUGAAGGAGAUUAAGUUCAUAUUAGAUGAAACCUUCUACAAGGAAUUACUUGAACUUUUAAAACUGUUAGAAGAUAAUUUUGAUAUUAAAUACAUUACUGAGGAGUUAAUACAUUAAUUUUGUGAGACUGAUAGUUUAAAGGAUAUUUAAGUUAUAUUUAAAAAUCUUUUGAUUCAAAUCUUUAAGGGACGUUAGGAUGAGCAUCUAUAUUGGGAUAAGGUAUAGAAUCUCCCAUCAGAUUAAAUAUUAAAGAUUUACAAGCAAAGAAUACCUCUCUAUCAAAACUAGAUUAUGAGGUUUGUGAAAAGUGUGAAGACUCUCUUUGAUGGAGAAUUCUCAGAUAAUAAUUACAACUUUUAAUAUUAGGAUAUCGAGAAUUAUCAAUAUGAUGAUUCCAAUUACGACUAACAAAUAUACUAAGAAAACUCCUCCUUUAUAAAGUUUCAUUCAGAAUAAUUCUGACAUUUUUAUUUAUA